GCUUCUCUACUGCAGAAGACAGAGUGAUAUUUGUGUUCCCAUAGCAUGUUGUGAAAUGCAUGAGAUUUUGCUCAUCCUCCUUGGAAAUGAGAAUAGGAGAAUGAGAGCAUCCUGAACCAGAAGCUAUUAGAAGAACAUGCAGAAACCUGCAGCGAUUUGUGCUUUAUUUUGUCUUCCUAGCUAUGGAUUAGAAGGACUGAUUUUUGCAAUGGGCUUUUUCCAUAAUGGCAUUCUUGUAUUGUUUGGUCAGAGCUUGCACAGGAGGAAAACAGGCUGCUGAAUUUAGUCACUGAUCUCUAUUAGCCGUGGCCUAAGGCUAUGCUGAGAUUUAUAUCCCAUUUGUAUUGUUGCAGCUCAAAAGAAGAAUGUUCAGAGGAUGACAAGUGUAUUCUGAGUAGUACCGUGGUGACAACAUGCCAUUGAAAUGGAAAACGAGCUCUCCUGCUAUCUGGAAAUUCCCAGUUCCUGUGCUUAAAACAUCCAGGUCAUCGCCACUUUCUCCAGCAUACAUAUCUCUGGUGGAAGAGGAGGAUCCUCAUAUGAAAGUAUCUCUUGGUAGCAGCGAUAUGGGCGUCUCUGCCCAUCUACAGUCUUCGAAGACAGGAACCACAAGAUUUUUCACCAGCAAUACUCACAGUUCUGUGGUGUUACAGGGUUUUGACCAGCUGCGAGUGGAAGGUUUGCUUUGUGAUGUGACGCUUGUUCCUGGAGAUGGUGACGAGGUGUUUCCUGUUCACAGAGCAAUGAUGGCUUCUGCCAGUGAUUACUUCAAGGCCAUGUUCACAGGGGGAAUGAAGGAACAAGAUUUAAUGUGCAUUAAGCUUCAUGGUGUGAACAAAAUAGGCCUAAAGAAGAUCAUUGAUUUCAUCUAUACUGCAAAACUUUCCCUUAACAUGGACAACCUUCAGGACACUCUGGAAGCUGCCAGUUUUUUGCAGAUUUUACCUGUUUUGGACUUCUGUAAAGUGUUUCUUAUCUCUGGGGUUUCGUUGGAAAACUGUGUUGAGGUUGGGCGAAUUGCCAACACAUACAAUCUCACAGAAGUGGAUAAAUAUGUUAAUAACUUCAUCCUGAAGAACUUCCCUGCAUUAUUAAGUACUGGUGAAUUUGUGAAACUCCCCUUUGAACGUCUUGCCUUUGUGCUUUCAAGUAAUAGCCUUAAGCACUGCACUGAACUUGAACUCUUCAAGGCGGCUUGUCGCUGGCUGCGCUACGAGGAGCCUCGGAUGGAGUACGCUGCAAAGCUAAUGAAGAACAUCAGGUUUCCACUGAUGACACCCAAUGAUCUUAUUAACUACGUUCAAACAGUGGACUUCAUGAGAACUGACAACACCUGUGUCAACUUGCUUUUGGAAGCCAGCAACUACCAAAUGAUGCCAUACAUGCAGCCGGUGAUGCAGUCGGAGAGAACGGCCAUUCGGUCGGACAGCACGCACUUGGUGACGUUGGGGGGAGUGCUGAGGCAGCAGCUGGUUGUCAGCAAGGAGUUACGGAUGUACGACGAGAAGGCCCACGAAUGGAAAUCCUUGGCUCCCAUGGAUGCACCCAGGUACCAGCACGGCAUCGCCGUGAUCGGAAACUUUCUUUACGUGGUCGGGGGCCAGAGCAAUUACGACACGAAAGGAAAGACGGCGGUUGACACGGUCUUCAGGUUUGACCCUCGCUACAACAAGUGGAUGCAAGUCGCGUCUUUAAAUGAGAAGCGGACCUUCUUCCACCUAAGUGCCCUCAAAGGACAUUUGUAUGCAGUCGGCGGCCGAAAUGCAGCGGGUGAACUAGCCACUGUGGAAUGUUACAAUCCCAGAAUGAAUGAAUGGAGCUACGUCGCAAAAAUGAAUGAACCCCACUAUGGUCACGCUGGAACCGUGUAUGGGGGAUUAAUGUAUAUUUCAGGGGGAAUUACCCAUGAUACUUUCCAAAAGGAACUUAUGUGUUUUGACCCUGACACAGACAAAUGGACUCAGAAAGCUCCGAUGACGACAGUCAGAGGUCUGCAUUGCAUGUGUACUGUAGGAGACAAGCUGUAUGUUAUUGGUGGAAAUCACUUUAGAGGAACCAGUGAUUAUGAUGAUGUUCUAAGCUGUGAAUAUUACUCACCAACUCUAGACCAGUGGACUCCAAUUGCUGCCAUGUUACGUGGGCAAAGUGAUGUUGGGGUUGCUGUCUUUGAAAAUAAAAUCUAUGUUGUUGGAGGAUAUUCUUGGAAUAAUCGGUGCAUGGUGGAAAUAGUUCAGAAAUAUGAUCCAGAAAAAGAUGAGUGGCAUAAAGUAUUUGACCUCCCAGAAUCCCUUGGUGGCAUUCGAGCCUGCACUCUUACUGUUUUCCCACCGGAGGACAAUUCAGGGUCACCAUCUAGAGAAUCUCCUCUUUCAGCACCUUAGAACCAUCCCUUGACUUAUGAUGUUGUAGUAACACCUUUGCACUGCAUCAUGGAGUCUGUUAUUUUUCUUCAGUAGUUUCUGUUAGGCUUAGCCUACAGCAUUUCGUACAAUUACUGGGAAAAAAAAAAAAAAAAAAAGACUUUGACAUUACUUGUGCUGUUUGUUUGGCCUAGAAUGUUUGUCAAGUGGUUAACAAAAAAGAUGUACUCGCCCGAGCCAAAUGUUUAACAAAUGAGAGGAUAUUGUCUAUAAAAUGUAUGAACUAGGUACGUUAUUAAUGUUGUGUAUUGGAUGUGAGGUACCUUAUAGCUUACAUUUGGGAGCCCAAUGAGUCAAAUUUGAAGAUUUUUGUAUUGAACACGUUCUUUCACUAAAUUUCAUAGUUGAAAUCCUGUUUCCUUUCAUUUUUGACUGCAGAUGACAAGGGGAGGUAGACCACAACAAUGUGAACUGUCCGAAGGUUGCCAAGGGGCCUGAGCUACCUCCCUCUUUUCACAGAGUAUUUUUGACAUAUCUGCUUACCCACCUAACUUUGUGGGUGCUUUCAGAGCAUAUGAAGUUUCUUAGGCAGAGGGGAGAAAUAAAAUAAUUUUAAAAUAUUAGCACUGUACAGGAAGCGGACCUUGUAGAGCCGGGAGUUUUUUUAUAACAUAUAUCGAGUGUUUUUCCUGAGUCAGUUGAAUGAUGCUUCAAAUAAAACAUUUUAAAUACCUUUACAUUUUUUAAUUUUAUUUUUUUUUCAGGAAUUGGCUUCCGCUUGCAUGGGAGCACACACUAUUAACAAAUGGGAAUUCAGUGCAGUUGUAUACUCUGUUGUAUGCCUGUACUGAAUAGAGGUAGUUAAGGGCUAGAAACAGUAACUUAAGCCACUGAAUUUGACCAAAUCGUUCCAUCAGAUCAAGUUUAAUCUACCUUUUCUCCUUUGCUGUUGAGAUAACUUGCAUAAUGUGUCCUCUGUAUAGUCUCAGUUAAUAAGGUUAUUUAGCACAAAACGCAGCUUCAGCGAGAGAGCUGCUUUUGCUCAGUGAAUUUGGACUACCACGUUUUACCUUCUUUUGUUCAAUAAAACUUUUAACUGCAGUUACCCAGUCUAAGCUACCUCAUUAAUGUAUUUGGUUUUCUUCCUCUGCCUCACUGUCUCCAGGAUACACAUUACGUAUAUCUGUGUGGGUAGAUGAAUUUGCCAGGAAACCAAUGCAGAAGUGAUCAUGAAUGGGUAUUUUUGACCUACUUUUAAGAAACUAUUUUGGUCUGAUGUGUUCAUUUUAUUGUUAAGGACUGAUGAGAACUAUUACUUGGAGAACUAUUGCUUAUGUAUGCAGCCUUUUAAAUUUACAGAAAUCUUUAUCUGCUCCUAAAUACAGUCCACUGCUGACAAAUUGCAGCUCUGAUUAUACCAUCCUGCUUGUUCUGAACUUCCCAUCUUAUGUUACAAGUGGUUUUGCCAAUGAGCACAGUCACAGGGGUAUUCUCUGGGGAAAACUGUUUAAAUCAGCUUAUUUUAUUGUGUUACCUGUUAACAAUAACCAAGUAAAACUUAAUAAACUUUUGUUGGGAGUUUGUUAUUUGUAUUUCGUCCCUGCUUGAUGCAUCAAGCAGCAGCAUUACUAUGGUGUCAGUUUUGGAAGUACUGAUAUUUAUUCUUUAUGCAGUUUACUAGUAAUGAUCACUGCCAAAAUCUACAUGUAAACUGUAGGUUUUGUGAUUGUUUUGACUAAAAUCAAAAUUAAUUCUUCCUCUUUAAGGUAAUAAAAUCUUAAUUCUACUUGGCUGUGCAAGGUUGUUACAGGUGGAAUAGUGACACCAGUGGAUACUCUUGGAAAGUAGCCAGUGAAGAUAAAUUGACUCAUCACCCUAAGAAUACUUUUCUAAUGCUGUGCAAAGCACUGGAUAGGAAAAUGUUGCUCUGUUGUUUAAGUAUGCCAUUUUAAGUAUGUUUAAGUAUGUCAGUCAUUUAAGUGUCACGUGCUACUAAUUUUUUUUCCUAUCUCAGAGACCAAAUUUUAGACCCUGCUUGAGCUUAAAUCCUCUGAAAUCCAUAUUCAGUUUCUCUUUAUUAAUUAAACUGAAAAGUACUUGAAGGAGUUGCAAUUCCUUUUGGAUAAUGUAAGUAUAUCCUGCUACUUGUAUGCUGGGGAUGAGGAGACACACUGUUUAAAAGUGAGUAUCUUCACUGGCAUUCUCUGUCUGGAAGAAGGUUAGGGUGGGUUCUAACCAUUCUGAGAUGGUCUGAAGUCAGGAUGUCAGUUUUGUGUCUGAGCCUUGAAUAGCCAGGAGCUGGUAUAUGGCCACAAUAUAGAGAUUUUUAUUUUUUUUUUAGUGACUCAUUAUCUGUUACAUGUAAAGUGGAAGAAUUAUUUUUGAACGUCAUUUUGACAUCAGUGUUGGACACAACAUAGUGGAUUAAAUGUAGUGCUUCAAUCAAAUUAAUCCUUGAGGGGUUUUUUUUAAUAUCUCCCUCUGGAUUAAAGUGUUCAUAAUGACAUUAGUUAACAUUUACUCACCAGGAUUGAAAAGCAAACAUCAAAAAUUUGCCAAAACCUGCAAACUAUUUUUUUGCUGUAAUGCAGUGUAAAAUGAUUUAAUAUUUAUUACAUCUUAACUGUAGCAUAAGAAACCCUUUCCAUCUCUGAAUCCACAGCUGUAGGUGUACAUAUGGAUACAGCAGAUAUUCCAUCUCCAUUAUCAGUAAGGCUGCCUGUAUGAAGAGUGAGUUAUCCUGGUAACUAGAGCCAGCAGUGUCCACAUGGUGACCAGCUGCCUUUUCUUUUCAUAAAUGUCGAAGUCUUUCAUUCUGCAGUUGUAGUACCUAAAUAAGAAAAGCAUCUGGAUAAAAAGCAAUUAGUAGAUAUUUGACUUGAAUGAAAUUAAGACUACAUGGUGUGCCAGCCGGGAGAGCCACGGGAGCUGUCUGCCCUCUCCCGAUGAUGGCAGACCCACACUGUGAUCACAAAAUUCGGUCAGACUUUGCUUUUUUGGUGUCCAAUUAGCAGCAAAUGCCAAAAGUGCUUACUUCCAUAUACAACUCAGCAAAAAGCCCUGCUUGACAUCCCUGCAAAACACAACACUCUGACUGGAGACAUCUGAGGUGACAUUUCCUUUGUGCUGUGUUUUGAGAUAGGACAGGAGCAAUGGGGAAGAAGACCUGGGAAGACCCAGGUUACAUGAAGUUUCUUUGCCCUGUCACAUCAAAGAGUUGAGCAUCUGCAGAUAUCCAGUUUUCAGGGGUUCCCUUUCCCUUAGAAAGUUGUGAAGUCCAAGUCCAGGGAAACCAAUUUGUGGCAGGACCCAGCCCAUCCUGGGGCAUUUGCAGUCUUGGCAUUCUUGGGAUAGUGGAGUUGUGCUGAAGGGAUGAGCUCUGAUGGCCUUUCUAAAGGUCCCUUGUGUGGAAGAAUCACUUUACCUGUUCUCAUUGAGUUGUUUGCUCACAGUGUUAUUUUUAAAUUGCCCAUUCUGUUUCUGAGGAUUGGAAUCAAUCAGAAACUCAAUCCAGUAGUCUGGUUCUUUAAUGGAAUAAUGGAAAUCUUGGAUUAGGGCAGUUUGCAUACAGAUAAAUAGAAUUUUCCCCAAAAGCUUACAGUCUUAAUCUGAUGAGCUGGUUGGACAUAAAAAAAUAAUUUGAUGCCACAGCAAUAAGUGCAGUACAAACAUCUGGAGAAGUUUAUAACCAAAGAAUUGGAGAUUAUCUGAUCUGGAAAGAUCAUAGCACCUUUUUUUUUUUUUUAAGUUCACUCUACCUACUGGAAUUGUUGUUCCUUCUUGGUUUGCCCUCCAGCUGGUAAUUACCUCACCUUUACAUUGGUGUCUGACUGCUGGUCACUAGUUUUUUAAUCCCUCUGUUUUGUAGCUGACAUCUCUGUUACUUCCCCUGCUCCUAAUAAGAAUCAAUAAAACUGAAGCUUUUCUAGUGGCACAGUCCUUAUGUCAGGGGACAAAACAGCCCACUGCUGGCAUGUAAGGUACUUCUGAUAAAUAUAUUCAUAAUUCAGCUUGUGCUUACUUGGAAAUAUACAGGCAGCUUUAAGCUGUGAAAGGUCUGUGUGUGUUGAAGGAGUAAUGUGUGCCCAUUUCCUCCUGGCACCUUACGUGGUGUUUGGGUUGUGGUUACCCAGAGAUCUGUAGGGUGAGUCAAACUCUCAUGUAGCACUUUAUGCUCUCUAAGCUCUGUGAAAGUGUUCUUUACUUGCACACCAUAUGUAGCUUAUCAGGUAUUUUUUCUUUUGUAUUUUAGUUUACCUGUGAAUAAUAGUUCUUUGUGUACAAAUGUGGUCAGAAAAAAAAGUCUUAAAGUGCAGUGUUAUGUAUACUUUGCUUAAUGAUAACGUUUUUGGUCCUGUGAGUAUUGCAGGACCCAUUCAGCUGUGGAAAGGUGAUUGCAGUUUUGAGAGCAAGCUAGGAAAUUAGGAUGGCUUUCCUGCCUGUCACCAGUUCACAUGUUCUUGUCACCAGUCUUUUACAUGUCAUUAAGUGAACUUUUCUCCGUCUGUAGGCUCCAUGUUUUGAUGUCCAGCUCUGUUGGACCUGCUGAUUACCCGUUCUGGGGAGAAUGUGGUGGGAUUUGUUUCACAACCUAUCUUACUCAGUUAAACAUUAUGGCUAGUUUUUGUCAGGAAUUCUAUCAUCUGUGACACACAGGAGUCCUCCAGAGUUAUUUAAUGACCAGGUGAUCUGUAUGGAAGAUGUAGCCCAGAUAACCUGGGAGUGGUGCUACAGUGGGAACUAUGAGUGGUUGACAUUCUGGAAGGGAUGGUCCCCUGUGUAUUAUUUUGGCUCAAGUGCUGUUUUUUUUUCCCUUUCAUUGGGAGUAUUUAUUGCUGCUAUUUGAGUUUUUAACUUUUAUUAAUGAAACAGGUAAUGCCUCUCUGAGUCUGUAGUGGGAGUGAGAGGUUCAGCUGGUUCUUUCAGAGUUAUGUGCUGUCAGGCUAUCCACAUAGUUAUUAAAAAGUUUUCUAUGUGGAGCUCUGUUUCCUGAGCAUUUAGAAGAAAUCAGUUUGCAAUGUGAAAAGAUCUCAGAUGAAAAUGUGUUUGGACUGGAAGGAAAAGCCAGGGUUUUUUGUUUGGUUGGUUUUGGGGGUUUUUUUUAGAGUUUGUUGGCAUUAUUCAGUGGCUAGUUUGGACACUGAGCUUCCACAGACUGUGUAGAGUGAUUUUUUUUUUUCUUUUUUUAAAAUAAUUUAUAGUUGGCUUAGGUGAAGCAAAGCUCAGUUGUUCAUACCUGCUUACACUCUUGGCUCCUGUUGCUGUGUUCUCCCUUAGACCGCAGCAUUCCGUGAUGUCUGGCAUUUGCUUCCUCGUGUAAGAGCAUCUCCUGUCUUCCAUGCUGCCUGUUGAUUGUGUUCCAAAAUAAAUCUGAGCUUGGAUUCUUGCAUCUGAAGUACCUGUGGAGCUAAAGAUCAUGUGGAGUCACGGAAUGAGGGCCAUGGCUUUGAUAUUUAAUUCCCCACCAGCCCCUUGCUGCUUUGCAAGAUGUUCCCAAACCCAGCUCAAAUCUGUGUGCGGGAGGUAAAUCUCUCAGGCUGAAAAUUUUAGUUACCUUGGCAUAUAAAGACCACCAGAGUUUCCUUAUCCUCUUUUUAAGGAGUUUUGGGUACCUGAGCUGCUGAGUCCUCUGGAAGGGGACAGAUGCAGUAACUCUUUGGUUAACCAUUCAUUUUCUUGGCCUUUCUUCUGUGCCCAGAUGGAGAUUGCAGGAGGGAAGGUCAGGGUUUGGUCACGCUUUCCAGCUCUCAGUAGAGAGCAAGAUUAUUUACUCUCAUCUGUCUGCACAACACUGCAGGAAAAAGAGCUGUAGGAACAUUUCAGAUUUUAAACAUUGUCUCACAGAACAGUAUCAAUUAGGAAAGGAAAAAUUUAAAUUUAGUCUGUUUUAACCUGUGUUUGUCAUAACCAGGAUUGUUCCAAAAUACUUGGCUUCUGUUGAAUUAACAACUUCGCCUUUACCUUCCUUGUUCAACGUUACUGUAAAAAAAUUGCUUGGUUUCUUUUCCAUUUGUUUUUCAUUGCUUGUAACCUUUUCUUAGAAAUGUGGAAAUCAUUUUCCUUACAUGUUUUAUGCACCGAAAUAAACACACCAAUGAUCACCUGA